AUGGCAAAGUUUGUUAAUGGCCACCGGCCGAGCGCGCCCCGAAUCUCCGAUGACAGGUGGGAGAGCUUGAAGGGGAUACUGCUCGAAAAGAGCCAAAUCAUGACAUUCGGCGAACUCGAGAUCUACAUGGGGCGGGAAUACAACUUCUUUGCAAAGAAGCGACAGUUGGGCCAUCGCAUACGGGGAGUCUGGGGCUUCAGGAAGUACAAACAGGGGUCUUCUAGAAGGCCUCCCGGAGACCCUGUAUCUCGUAACCAGAGUCCACCCCCUCCUGCAGCCGUCCGCGAGCGGCUGGUUCGGGACGUUCCCAAGACAAAGCUUCCACCCAUGCUGGCCACACCGGCCCUCGCCGCGCUCCCGGGCUCCUCUUCUUCCCAACCGGACUCGGAAGACGUCAAGACUCGGUAUCUGUGCCUGGCGGACAUCCUUGUUGCCUUCAGAGACUCACAUCACGCCUUCGACAUCAAUGUUGCGCUAUGGAAGGCCAGUCCUUCAAGCAGCCACACUCUCGCUUGCAUCGGUACGGCUCAACAUGAGACACAGCUCAUAAUGGAUACUCGGGAGAUGGCAAGGCGUGAUGCUGAGCCGUUCCUCAUGGACGGACGGUCCCCGUCCUGGGCUACGACGUUCAUGGAUCUUCUCAAUGCUCACACAUAUGUCUGGGGCACUGGAAAGGAAAACGGACUCGGCCAGAUUGCGAGAAUCUUCAGCGACAUUAUCGGGGAUGGGGUCGUCGAUGGUCGCGAGCAGGACUGCCUCGUCGAACUGGCCCCGCGGGGGCCACAUCUAGACGUUCCAGCGUAUACUCUCCUCCGCGCCGCCCUGGAGUGGUAUAACUCCGAGUCUCAGGAUGAUCGGAUCGAUGCCCCUUCCGUUCUAGGCCAGUUUAUCGCCCAGCACCUGUCAGCCAGGCGUGGACCAGAGCAGAUGGAGGCCGGCUCAAACCACGACAUCAACUGCCUUCCCUUGUGCCUGGAGUGGUGCAGAGUUAUCUUGGGUAGCAACCCCGACAUUCUCCCCGAGAUCCGUGGCACCGACGGCGACAUCGUCACCGAAACCUUCGCCGUUCUGUGUCUCCUCUGGCGUCCCUUGUUAGGCAACGGUCCGCCUUCCUACAGAGCCGUCGCACACAGAAAUACCACAGCGUCCUUAAAUUGGGCAAGCACCGCCGAACAACAACUCGGCAUUCGGCCCACUCAACUCCUGUGCACAGUAGUCUGCAUGAUCAUGGCCGCCGCCAUACAACAGCAGAAUGUGCACGCUAGACAAUCGCUCCCGGAAAGGGCCCUGGCCGGCGCCAACGCCCUCAGCGCCCUAGGACUCGAGGCCUUGCUUCACCGUUUUCUCAACCAAACCUGCGCCGAUAACUGGCGUCUGAAACUCCAAACGGAUGCGGAGCGGGGCUUCCCUAUCUGGAGAUAUAGUGUGGAUGCCCAGAACAUGGAGCCUUUCCGUAGGUUUGCCGCGGAGUCUCUGGGGAUUUACGACUUCCCUACGCUCGAGAACGGAUCGUGUGUCUUGGACGAGCUCGCCUUGGCGGGCCCGGAGUUUUCUGAGGAUGGUUUCUGA